GUGGUACAAGCUUCGCUCCAAACCGGGCAAGAAGGAAAAGGAGAGAGGGGAGAUCGAGGUGGAUAUCCAGUUCAUGAGGAGCAGCAUGACAGCCAGCAUGUUUGACCUGUCCAUGAAGGACAAGGCUCGCUCUCCCUUUGGGAAGCUCAAAGACAAGCUCAAGGGCAAGAGGAGCAGCGGCCUCUCGGACACGGCGUCGGCGAUCGUGCCCAGCACCACCCACUCCCCCGCUGACAGCGAGGAUGAGGCAGUCGAGAAGGAAAAGAAGAAAUCCAAGUUCAAAGCGCUCUUCUCCAAACCUGGGCUGCAGAAGACCCUGUCCCAGUCCAUGUCAGUCCUGCCCACGCAGCAGCCCGUCACCCAGAAGGUUCGGCUUCGGCCCAGCGACUUCCAGCCACAGUGGGAUGAGGAGGAGUCCGAGACUUCUCCGACCUCAGAACGAGCCCUUGGAAAUGCCCCAGAAGAGAAGCCAGCUCCUUCUCCUCUGUUUAAAUCUCGUAAAACAGCCCUUUUGGACAGCAGGCAGCAGACCCAAGGAACCAGUAACCACACCAAGAAGGAAGGGCUCUCUUUGUUCAGUGGCCUGAAAUCCAAAAGCGAUCCCGUUUCCAAGUCUAGCCUGUGCAUCAACGGCAGUCACGUUUAUAUGGAAGAGACCACGACAAAGGACACUCCGACCUCCUCCCCCUCUCCUCUCAACUUCAGGAGGAAGCAGCUCUUCGCUUCAGAGGAGAACCUGUACUCCAGGUCCACCAAAACACCUGAGGAGACAGGAAGAACCUCUCCUAGUCAGGCUCUCUCUGGGUCCACGUCCUUGGAGACCUUCAAAUCCAUGACUCUGCCGUCAUACAAACUGCUGAGCAGCGAGGAGCAGCUGGACACCAGUGUUCCCCCGAGCACCGAGGCUGGGAGGGAGACCAAAAAACCAGACCACAAAAAGUCUGCCUUGCUCUCCCUGGUCACUGGGAAGAAGGAGGCGGGGAAGGCCGGAGACGCUGAGAAUAUUCCCGACAGGACCCUGCAGAGUGAGGAGAACAAAAUUCCCGAAGAGAGCAGUGAGGAGGAGGCCAAAUGUGUUGAGCCCCCAGCAGAUCUGGGCAGAGGGGACCCAUCAGGAGACACUCAGAGCACAGAAGACACCACUGCAAACAAGCAGGCGCUCGGCCCCGGUGAGGAGGAACGGAAACCUGAAAAAGCUGCUGCCCCAGCCAAGACCAAAGCUGUGAAGCCCACGGUGAAGCCCAGUCGUAGAGCAGAGUCUCCGAAAAAGCCAACAGCCGAGGGCUUCGCAGAUAAAGCGGGAAAUUCGGGCAAGAAGAGGCUUCUCCAGGCACGGGUUUCACCCUCUGAAACGUUCCCUAACCAAACCCUGCGGGGUGGGGAAACCGUGUCUCCUAAGCACAGACUCCAUCCUGUGAAGCCCAUGAAUGCCAUGGCAAACAAGUCUCAGAGUAAAAACCUGAAUGUCAUCAGCACCAUGAACGAAAAGCUGCUGGAGAUGAGUGUGAAGAAAUACGACCCUUCAGACCCUGCCUACGCCUACGCCCAGCUGACACACGACGAGCUGAUCCAGCUGGUGCUGAAACAGAAGGACACCAUUACCAGGAAGGACCUGCAGGUGCGGGAGCUCGAGGACUACAUCGACAACCUGCUCGUCAGGGUGAUGGAAGAAACCCCCAACAUCCUCCGUGUUUCCAUGUCUGGGAACAGAAAGGCUGGGAAGAUGUGAAGGGUCUGGGCGUGCUGGAGGAGAAGGACUGAGUUCCUCCCGGAGCAGCCGGUGUGGAGCAGGUUGUGCUGCCCCUGGAAAAUGACCUUUUUCCUGUUUCUGCCUUGAGCAACUCUCGGGUUGAUUAGUAGUUCUAUCUCAGCUCUUGCAAUGGAGUCACCUUAUCAUAUUUAUUUUUUUUGUUUUCUUCCCAUUGUCUGGGGAGACCAGGCAUUAAUCCAAAGGCUGGUUGUGAUGGAAAGGAGGAGGGUUUUUGAUGUGUUUUGCUUCCCAGCAAGGCACUGAUGAUCCUUUAGGAAGAUUUUUUUUUUUUAAUGGUUUUGUUUUGUAGCAGCUCUGAUAGAUCAGUUAGUUACUCUUCUUUCCAUAUCUGAAGUUGUAGUGCAAUAUGAAGCCCUGUACAGUAGAGCUUGAAGAUUUGAUUGUUUUUAAAAUAAUAAUUAACUACACUGGAGAAGUCCAAAGAUGCCCCAGCUUCAGACCUGGGCUGUAAUUUAAAAGGAAUUAAUGCCCUGAAAGUUGAACCUAAGUUAAAAGAUUAGAAGUGGA